AUGGCCCCAUCGUCACCCUCUACAUCGGCUCAAAACCCAGAUGAAUUUGUAGUCUCUUACGUUGAUACACUAUUUGAUCUUCAAAUCCCGGACGAAGGAGGACGAAAGCUCUCCGAGGAAGAAAUGGUGACUCUCUGCUCGGAGUUUCUAACCGCCGGCACUGACACGACAUCUACGGCGUUGCAGUGGAUCAUGGCAAACCUGGUGAAGCACCAAGAAAUCCAAGAAAAGCUCUACUAUGGAAUCGAAGGAGCUGUUAGUUCAGGAGAAAAGAAGAUCAAAGAAGAGGAUUUGCAGAAGAUCCCAUAUCUGAAGGCAAUAGUGUUGGAAGGGUUGAGGCGACACCGAUUACGAAAUUAUUCGAAUUUUCUAAGAUUGAUGGCCACGUGA